UCAAGGCAGUUUGCUCGCGGUCAAGCAGUGCCUGGUUGGAGAUGGGGUCCCAGGUGUCAGUGGAUACCGGAGCUCUGCAUGUUGUGAUUGUGGGCGGAGGCUUCGGUGGGAUUGCAGCUGCCAGCCAACUACAGGCACUGAACAUCCCCUUCAUGCUGGUGGACAUGAAGGACUCCUUUCAUCACAAUGUGGCAGCCCUCCGAGCCUCGGUGGAGAGUGGCUUCGCCAAAAAGACAUUCAUUUCCUAUUCAGUGACCUUCAAGGACAACUUCCGGCAGGCCCAGGUGGUUGGGAUAGACCUAAAGAGUCAGACGGUGCUGCUGCAGGGUGGCGAGGCCUUGCCCUUCUCACAUCUUAUCCUGGCUACUGGCAGUACUGGGCCGUUCCCAGGCAAGUGUAAUAUAUUUUGCCAGCAGGCUGCCAUCCAGGCCUAUGAGGACAUGGUGAAGCAGGUCCAGCGAUCACAGUUCAUCGUGGUGGUGGGAGGCGGCUCUGCGGGAGUGGAGAUGGCAGCGGAAAUUAAGACAGAGUACCCCGAGAAAGAGGUCACUCUGAUUCACUCCCAAGUGCCCCUGGCUGACAAGGAGCUCUUGCCCUGUGUGCGGCAGGAAGUGAAGGAGAUCCUCCUCCGGAAGGGUGUGCAGCUACUGCUCAGUGAGCGGGUGAUCAACCUGGAGGAGCUGCCUCUCAACGAAUAUCGGGAGUACAUCAAGGUGCAGACGGACAAGGGCACAGAGGUGGCCACCAACCUAGUGAUUCUCUGCAGCGGUGUCAAGAUCAACAGCUCUGCCUACUGCAGCACCUUUGAGAGCAGACUGGCUGGAAAUGGUUCUCUGAGAGUGAAUGAGUUCCUCCAGGUGGAGGGCUACAACAAUAUCUAUGCCAUUGGUGACUGUGCCGACGUGAAGGAGCCCAAGAUGGCCUAUCACGCUGGCCUUCAUGCCAACGUUGUUGUGGCCAACAUCGUCAACUCCAUAAAACAGAGGCCCCUCAAGGCCUACAAACCAGGUGCACUGACCUUCCUCCUGACCAUGGGCAGAAAUGAUGGUGUGGGCCAGAUCAGUGGUUUCUACGUGGGCCGGCUCAUGGUUCGGCUGGCUAAGAGCAGAGACCUGUUUAUCUCUACAAGCUGGAAAACCAUGCGGCAGUCUCCACCCUGACGGGGAGGCCAGAUGGAAGGCUCAGCACUGCUACAGAUGGGCAAUGGGCCUCUUGACAAAGGGCAGGAGAUAAUGUCCUGUCUGAAAGAAUUACUCGUAUGAAACCAAAAAGUUAAGAGAGAGAGAGAGUAGAGAGAGGGGAACAUUAAAAGAAAGAAUUGUUUGAAGGUCUGUUUGCUGCUCAGCUGGCAAGGUCUUGGGGAAGAUGCAGGCAGCUUUCUGCCCCUCAGGCUCCUCUGCAGUGUGUGUGUGUGUGUGUGUGUGUGUGUUGGGGCUUGAGUGUGGUGUUCAGAGUUGGGCAGAGAUCUGUCUGUGAGGACAGGAAGGAGAGCCUGUAGGUGGGAACAGCUAAGAAAGGGAACUGGCCUGCACCCCAAGCCUUUCCUCAGAUGGGUUUGAGGAAGCUCAGACAAUAAGCAGGGUGUUAGUAAGCCUUAUUGUAAACUCUAGUUUUUGGUUAGUGUUUGUACUUUAUAUUUUGGACACAAUAUCUAUGAACUGUGGCUCAAGCACCCUCCUGUCUCAGUCUCCUUAGUUGCUGGAGCUACAGGUAUAUACUGCUGUACCUGACUAGUCUCUAUCUUCUUGCAUCUUUGUGAGCCUUUCUAUUUCUCCUGUUUUCAGUCCUAACUGUAUACCAUAGGCAUAUUUAAGAAGAGCUAGACACAGUUUGUUCUGGCUAGUCAUGGUGAGGUUUUGUGAAGCUGUGCGGGCUGCUGAUGUAUUUAAGGAAAGGCAGAUCACCUGUGAGGAGGUGUCAUGAGUGCAUUCAGGUUGCUGAGAGCAGCCCGCAGGCUACCCUAAUGUUUCUGGGGAAUGCAACUCAUAUAAAAACGACAAUGAGGAAGUGUUAAGAGGGGAAAUCAGAAACAGACAAGAGUGAGACUUACAAGCAAAUUUGUAUGAAGCUCUAGCAAUUCUGGGGGAGGCGAAGAGAAUCCCAGGGACUUUUUGGUUUUGUGCUUGUUUUCCUGGUCAACCCCUAUCCCUGGUUUGCAGGCUCAGCCUGGUGGUGGUAAUGUCUUCCACUGACUUGGCUAGGUAUACAAAUAAAUUCUGUAUUUGAGAGGGACCUUCCAAUAUGGAGAAGCCUCUUUUGGACUGCCUCAGCUAAAUGGAGAUCAUCUGAAUAAAUUCUGGCCUGGUUCUGCUGA